GCCUGCCAUGAUCAAACCUGCGCAUUACCGGCCUACUCCGGUCCCGAUAAAAACAACACAGCAAGUGGUUUCCCAGCGCAGCGCGUAGUGUUGCACAACGAACGCGGUCGUCCUGUGUAUCCUUUGUUUGGUGAAGCGUAAAGUGUUCCCGUUUCGUGUUAUUCCCUACUCCACUCUUCUCAGUGAAUGCGUGCAAGCCUAGUGAGAUUUGCAAAAAUGGUAGUCAAACAUAAGGUGACCGGGUACGAGGAGUUCACAAAGCUUGCCGAAAGCUUGGAAAGUAGCGGCGAACCGGUCAACAUCCUGUUUACCGGCAGCAAAGAUGAGAACGGCGAAAGCUGGUGUCCGUACUGCGUGAAGGCCGCACCCGUCGUCACCAAAGCGUUGGACAGUGCGCCGGAGAAGAGCCAUUUCAUCACGGUUGAAAUCGAGCGUCCAUUCUGGAAAGAUCUGAACUGUCCUUACCGCAAGGACCCACGGACACAUCUGGUGUUUCUUCCCACGCUGCUAAGAUGGCGUUCGCCCCAGCGCUUGGACGGUUCCCAGUGUGCCAACGCCGAUCUGGUCGAAAUGUUGUUCCAGGAUGAGGAUUAAACCGCAGCGUAGUACCGGUGUAUCCCAUGUUGGGGGUUUUAUUUCUAUGUCUUUUGUAAGCGCCACCCGCAAGCGCGCCCUCAUCUACAAUUUCGAUACUUAUUGAUACAAUACGUUGUCCUUGCGUUUCAUUUCCCAUUCAACUAAUAAAUAACAGAAUGAAGUACGUA